UAACCGACGGCGUUAUAAACCAUUUUUAUCAAAGUGAUACGCUCAAACACGUGACAAUUUGAAAAAAUGCUUAUUGAACUCCUCAUAUCCAUCACCGUGCUCGCGUCGAUUCUCGUCUCGUGCAAGAAAGAGAAGAACGAAGCGGCAAAACUGAAGCCACGUGGCUUCGAUCGAAAAUCCAGUGGAGCACCGGCUCCGGCUGGAGCCAACUUGGUUAACAAGUCUGGCGGUUCCGGCGGAGGUAGUGGAGGAUCUGGAGAUGCUAAUAGACUUCUCAAAAGAGAAAUCAAAGAAGUAAAGAUGGAGGAGCGUUCGGCUGACGAUAACGAGACAAUCAACGAUGUAAAGUCCAACUGGGGAACUGUUUGAAAUUCAUGUUUUUUCUUGUAAAUUGAAUGAACUGUAAAAAUGCUUAGACA